AAACUUUAAAUUGUUAAAAUAUUUACCAAACCGUUACAUUGCUUUUACUAUAGAAAUAUUUAUAUUUAUUUAUUGAAAUUAACUUAUCUUUCAAUUGUUAUAGUUUAACUGAAAUUGAAUUUACAGUUUUUUGUCGGUAGUUUAUAGAAGUUGUUAAACUUUUACAUAUUUUUCAUCAUUUUAGUUAUUAUUUAAAAUUAAAACUUAAUUAUUUAAAAAUAAUUAAAAAAUAGUAAAAGCAAUGGAUAUUUUAAAGGAUGACAUUUAGGUGAAUGAGAGGGUUGCACCUUUUGUUAUUAAGAAUAUAUAGAUAUAGAUAUAAAUAUGAAAUUUUUAAUUAAACAAAUUAACUCGUUUAUAUUUGCUACUUAGUUAAGUGUAUAAGUUUUAGAUUUUUUUUUUAAGAAACAAAUGCAAUAAUGAAUUACUAACAUUUAGAUUUGUUUACAAUUCAAUGCAGAUGGAUAUUGUAUAUGAUAAAAUAUGGUUGAAUGAGAAGGUUGCAUUAUAAUUAAAUUUUGCUUGAAGUGAUGCCAAUAUACUAAAUGUAUAAGCAAUUUAUGUGAUUUAAUUUGAUUUUAUUUGAAUUUUGAUUUAAUGAAUGUGAAUUUCAAGUAAGAGAUUUGUAAUAAGAAUUUUAAGUAAGAGAUUUGUAAUAAACAGUGUAUGUUUGUACUUGUAAGUUGUUAUUGAUAAUAGUAUAGUUAUGAUCAUAAAAAAAAAAGUGCAGUUUCAUAAAACAAAUUCAAAAUCAAUUUUGUUCUAUAAAAAGUAGUAUAGGAAGUUUGUAUUUGUAAAGUGUUUUAUAUAAUUGUGUAAAGGGGGUAACAAUUAUAACCAACUUACAAACAUUCGAACUAAAAAAGUAAAAUUGUGAAGUAACUGAUAAUUUGAAGUUGAAAUUUGAAAAGAAAAACUAUAAAAUUGUAAAGUAACAAAAAGUAUAAAAUUGUGAAGUAUCUGAUAAUUUGAAUUUGAAAUUUUCUGAUUGUAAAGUAACGUAAAAGUUGCAUUUGAAAUUUAUAAAACAACUAAUGCAACAACUAUUUCCUAACUAAUUAACUAAAAUAACAUGUGUCAAAAUUUAAUGUUUCCACUUGGCUAAAUGGAGGAUUUGUCCUCUCCUUUUAAUAAUAUAUAGAUUCCAUCUCACUAAUUAAUUACAAAAAUCCCUUCUAACUCAUAAAAGUAGCUUAUCUCCAGAUACAUCACAAUUCACCCCUAUUACUUCACCUACUGCGUCGCAAAUCUCGCAAACUUAAUAUGAGUACAUUUUGUCUAUCGAUUUGACUCAGUUACCCUGAUUUUGUCCCUAAUUCGAUUUAGCCUUACUUGUGAGGAACUAUUUGACUAAUUGAUUUCCUAAUUUCUCUUUGCCCUUAUUUAGUGUGACAGACAAUCAUUUACGUAUUAAUUAUGAUAAAUUUAGAUGAUAUUGCAAUUGAUUGAUACUAAUGUCUUUUACCCCCUCUUGACUUCCUUUAAUUUCCUUAUUUUGUUUAUGGAAGAUUUCAAUAUUAAGAUUUAGACAGAUUCUUAUUUGUUUAUUUGUGGCAACCAUAGCAUGAUUGAUGGAGUUAAGUGAUUUACCUUAUUGAAUAAUCUCCUUGAUUGAAUUAUCAAAUAUUUUUCUUCCUUUUAUUUUUGUGAUCUUUUGCUAUAUAAACAACUCCUCCUCAAAGAAUGAUGAGACAACUUACAAUUUACAAACUUUUUAUAAUAAGCUCACGUGAGUCCCUCUAUUCUCAGCCAAGCAUUUAUUUUUAUGCAGAUUUAACUUAUAUACAUUGAUAACUUAAAAAAUUUUUUUUAGCAAUAGUAACCUGUAAAUUCUUUAUAUAUGAAUCUCAUUUUUCUUUUCCUUUCUUCCCAUAUUAUAGUAUACUAUUCAACAACAACAAUAUACCCAGUGUAUUCCCAUAUUGUGGGGUCUGGGGAAAAUAAAGUGUACACAGAUCAUACCACUACCUCAUGUGAAGUAGAGAGGCUGUAUUGUAGUAUACUAUUCACUAUGAAAAAUUCCCAACAACCUCUUGCCAUAGAGAGUUUUUCAUAUAGCUGGUUGUUGAAAAGAAAACCAUCCAUUGAUGUCCUAACAAAAUCCCCUAGACCCUCUUAUAGUAGUCAUGAUGAUGCUGAGGAAGAGUUAAAAUUUAUCGCUUAUUUGUAAAGAUUUCUAAAAGAAGAACAAAACUUCAACUUUGAUGUUCAUCCUGUUUCAGAAUCUGUUUGUGCUGAUGAAAUCUUCUCUGAUGGAUAUAUCAUGCCUCGAUAUCUUGAUAGAUCAAAGAUUGAAUCUUUUCGCGAAGCCUUCAAUAAUUUCAACACAAAUUCAUCAGUACCCUCAACUAGUACUCCUCCCACACCAAUAUCUAAAAUUUCAAAUUCCACAACUAGUCAAGCUGAUUUUCUUGAAAAAUGGAGGAAGUUUUCAUGCAAAAUCUUGGUUAAGUGGUUUGGAUUCAUCAGGCCAAUCUCCAAAAGGAUAGCAAGUUCAAGAAAAAGUACUGCAAAAGUUGAUGAACUUCAAAUAAAAGUAAGUGAAAUUCAAAGCUGCAAGAGUACUACUGAUACUUCAUUUCAGGGAUCUCCUCGUCGAAUGUUGAAAUCUUAUUCUGUUGUCAAUUGGUGUGGAAAUGAUAACAACCAAAGAAGUAGUAGUAGUAUUAGAAGAGUUAAGAG